AUGUACAAGCCUAAAAUUUUAGUACUCGGAGGUUGCGGUUUUAUUGGCCGUAAUUUCGUCAAUUAUUUACUGAAAAACGAGCUCGUAAGCGCCGUGAGAGUAGUCGAUAAAGUUCCCCCUCAAGUGGCUUGGUUAAACGAAACGCACGGAGAGGUUUUCCGAAACGAUAUAGUCGAAUUCAAAAGCGCUAAUUUGAUCAAUCCUGAAUCAUGCAAAAACGCAUUCCAAUGCAUCGACGAUUCGCAAUGGGAUAUUGUAGUGAAUUGCGCAGGAGAAACGAAAUCUGGUCAAACCGAUCCCGUGUACGACGAAGGCAUACUUAAAUUAAGUCUGAAUUGCGCCAAGGAGGCGUCCGCUCGAGGAGUUAAACAUUACAUUGAAUUGUCUUCGGGUAAUAUGUACUCGUCUGAAAAGGUUCAACACAAAGAAGAUGGUCCCAUUGAGCCGUGGACUUUUGUAGCUAAAUGGAAAAGACAAGUCGAAAAGAAACUAACGGAAAUGUCGGAUUUAACAUAUACCAUUCUAAGAUUACCGGUUGUGUACGGUUUAGGAGACAGGAACGGUUUAACUCCGAGAGUGAUAGCUUCGGCGAUUUACAAGCGCAUGGGGGAAACUAUGAAAUUGUUGUGGAACGCAGAUUUGAAAAUUAACACUGUACACGUCGAGGACGUGUGCAGGGCCAUUUGGUUUGUAGCCAAUCGAGAAGACACUAACGGACAGAUUUAUAACGUGGUGGACGACGCUGAUUCCACUCAGGGUUCUAUAUCCGAUAUUUUAUCAGAUAUAUUCAAUGUAAAAGUGGAUUAUUACGGCAAUAUAGUAUCGGCUGUGGUGGAUCUCGUAGGUGCCGCUGAUGAUGCUAACGACAAACAUUUGGCCCCAUGGGCGGAGGCCUGUCGAACGGACGGCAUUUUUAAUACGCCUCUGUCUCCACACAUGGAUCCCGAGCUGUUGUUGCAUAAGCAUUUGAGAUUAGAUGGCGGUAAAUUAAAGGGAAUGGGUUUUGACUUGGCUGAACCUCGUCCGACGGGUGAUAAUAUUCGAAAGGUUUUGGAUGAUUUUGUCGAGAUGAAGGUGUUCCCUCCUAGCUUGAUUGUAUAA